UAGCAAACGGGGAACAGGAGAUGGAGACUAAAAAGAAACUGGGAGAGCCGCCCUUGUGACGCACUUCCGGCGUUCUAAGCCAGGAUGGCUGCCCCACAGCAGCAGGCUUCAGCGGCUUCCUCGGCUGCUGCUGUGUCUGGUCCGGGUUCGGCUGGCGGUCCGGGGCCCCAGCAGCAGCCACAACCGCCGGCACAACUAGUGGGCCCUGCUCAGAGCGGACUUCUGCAGCAACAGGACUUCGAUCCUGUGCAGCGCUAUAAGAUGCUCAUCCCGCAGUUGAAAGAGAGUCUACAGACUUUGAUGAAGGUUGCAGCCCAGAACUUGAUUCAGAACACUAAUAUUGACAACGGACAAAAAAGCAGUGAUGGACCCAUACAACGCUUUGACAAGUGCCUGGAGGAGUUCUACGCACUCUGUGACCAGCUGGAGCUCUGCCUGCGCCUGGCACAUGAGUGCCUGUCGCAGAGUUGUGACAGUGCCAAGCAUUCUCCGACGCUGGUGCCUACAGCCACCAAACCUGACGCAGUGCAACCUGACAGCCUGCCCUACCCGCAGUACCUGGCAGUCAUCAAAACCCAGAUUGCCUGUGCCAAGGACAUUCACACCGCCCUGCUGGACUGUGCUAACAAGGUCACCGGCAAGACACCUGCACCACCUACUGGCCCCGGUGGCACCCUCUGAAGUGGUGGAGCAGGAGGUAGGGGCAGGGCCUAAGAGAGAAUGAAGCUCUUAAACCCAG